AUGCCUAACCCAAUCAAGGAAGAUAUCCACACUGUGGAUGAAGAAUCGUUUCCUUACAUCUUUGAGCAGAAUGCUACUGUUCCUCUCAAGGCUGGUGAUGGACUUGUUCGUCUGAACGUUUAUCGUCCUAAGGGCGUUGACAAGGUUCCUGUUCUUGUCACAUACGGACCUUACGGAAAAGACAUUUCCUACCAAGACUUUCAUCCCAAGUCCUUCAGCGAAGUGAACCCCCAGCACAAGUCAGAACACUCAGCAUGGGAAACCCCAGACCCAGCAUUCUGGACAAAGAACGGCUACGCCAUCGUUCGAGCCGACGAGCGUGGUCUCGGCCAAUCAACAGGCAAGCUCGACACCAUGUCCCGCGGCACCAGUGAAGCCUUCUUCGACGUCGUUGAGUGGGCCGCUGAGCAACCCUGGUCAACUGGUAAAGUCGGUCUCCUAGGCAUUAGCUACUACGCCGGCAGCCAAUGGCGUGUAGCGGCGCGUAAACCAAAGGGUUUGAGCGCUAUUGUGCCUUGGGAGGGCAUGUCGGAUUAUUACCGGGAUAGAUGUCGUCAUGGUGGCAUUCUUUCAAAUGCCUUCAUCAAGUUCUGGUGGAAUCGACAAGUUAUCACGAAUCAGUAUGGUCGACCUGGUAGAAAAGCCAGGAAUUGGGGACCUGAUACUAUCGAGGGCGAUUUAUCUGACGAAGAACUUGAAAAGAAUCGCCAGGAUCAGACGAUUGACAACCAGGCCAAUCGAUUCCGAGACGAUGCUUACUAUGCGUCCAAGGAAUACGAUAUGGGUGACAUCGAAGUUCCUCUCCUCUCAGUAGGAAACUGGGGUGGUAUUCUUCUCCAUCUUCGUGGCAACAUCGAGGGUUACACCCACGCUGGAUCCAAGUUCAAGUAUCUCCGUCUUAUCACCGGCCGUCACGAUCUCCCCUUUUACUACGAAGAAGAAGUGGAGAUUCAGCGAAGUUUCCUUGAUGCUUUCCUGAAGGGCGAUGACCGAGUUGGUUGGUCGCAAGAAGGCAAGGUUGCUCCCGUGAGCUUGGUUCUGCGAAAGGGAAACGUUGGCUUCAAUGAUGCGGAGAAAGAAAAGGUGUAUCCUCGUAGAGAGGAGAGUCAAUGGCCUCUCGCUAGUACACAGUACAAGAAGCUCUUCCUUACACCGGAUCAAGGACUAAGCUGGGAUGAGCCUACAACGGAGCGCAAGAAGCUAUCCUACAAGGCUCUUGGCACAUUGGAGAACCAAGAAGUCCUCCAAUUCUCUACGCCCGCAUUCGAAGCAGAGACAGAAAUCACAGGCCACAUCGUCGCUCACCUCAAUGUUUCCGUCUCGCCUGACCCAUCAGGUCCUACACCCAGCGACAUCGAUCUCUUCGUCACAAUCCGCCAUAUCGACCCUUCCGGCCAAGAAGUCUUCUACACCGGUACAGCAGGCGAUCCCGUACCCGUAACAAAAGGCUGGCUGCGCGUGUCAAUGCGCAAGGUUGACCAAGAACACCCCAAACAUCGCGAGUGGCUUCCUCAUCGCAACUACACUAGCAAGGAUGUUCUUCCUGUGAUACAGGGUGAGGUCUAUGCGGUAGAUGUUGAGAUUUGGCCUACGAAUGUGGUUGUUGAUAAGGGUGGCAAGCUUGUCUUUGAGGUUUCAUCAGGUGAUACCCAGGGAUCUGGUAUUUUCCAGCACAAUGAUACUGUUGAUCGAUCGCCCGAUAUUUUCCAGGGUCAGAACCACAUUCACUUCGGUCCUAGACAGCAGAAUUACGUUACGCUUCCUGUGAUUCCCAACUAG